GUGGACCAGACCCAGGCAGGCAGCUCAGAGCCUGAGUCCUCCACUCUGUGCUGUGUUGGACUCAUGGGAACUGUCUCUGACCCACUCAUAAUGGCACCCAAUAGGCACACCUGUGCAGCCUUGGACUGGAGGAGAUGUGGUUGCUUUCUCCGGAGUCCUGCAUCUGGCUGGGGACUGCUGAUUGACUCCUUCCAGAUGUCUUGUCUUGAAACAGCCUCUGUCUCUCUCACCAAACAUCCAGGGAGGAAUCAGGAUCCAUCAGGAGACCAUCCAUCCAGAACCCACCCAGUUACAUCAACUAAAUGGGUCAAGAAAAUGACACACAAAUUACAGAGUUUCUUCUUCUGGGAUUUUCAGAGGACCCAGAACUGCAGCCCCUCAUCUUUGGCCUUUUCCUGUCCAUGUACCUGGUCACUGUGCUGGGGAACCUGCUCAUCAUCCUGGCCACCAUCUCAGACUCCCACCUGCACACACCCAUGUACUUCUUCCUCUCCAACCUGUCCUUUGUGGACAUCUGCUUCACCUCCAACACUGUCCCAAAGAUGCUAGUGAACAUCCAGACACAGAGCAAGGUUAUUACCUACGCAGGCUGCAUCACCCAGAUGCAAUUUUCCAUACUCUUUGCAGGACUGGACAUCUAUCUUCUGACUGUGAUGGCCUAUGACCGGUAUGUGGCCAUCUGCUACCCCCUGCACUACAUGGUCAUCAUGAACUCCCGGCGAUGUGGGUUGCUGGUUCUGGUGUCCUGGAUCAUGAGUGCUCUUCAUUCCUUGUUACAAGGUUUAAUGAUGUUGAGACUCUCCUUCUGCACAGAUUUGCAAAUCUCCCACUUUUUCUGUGAACUUAAUCACCUGGUCCAUCUUGCCUGCUCUGACACCUUUCUCAAUGAGGUGGUGAUAUAUUUUGCUGCUGUCUUGCUGGCUGGUGGCCCCUUCACUGGCAUCCUUUACUCUUACUGCAAGAUAUCCUCCUCCAUCCGUGCAAUAUCUUCAGCUCAGGGCAAGUAUAAAGCCUUCUCCACCUGUGCAUCUCACCUCUCCGUGGUCUCCUUAUUUUAUUGUACAAGCCUGGGUGUGUACCUUAGUUCUGCUGUGGCCCAAAACUCACACUCCACUGCAACUGCCUCCGUGAUGUACAGCGUGGUCACCCCCAUGCUCAACCCCUUUAUCUACAGUCUGAGGAACAAGGACAUCAAGAGUGCUCUGAGAAGACUCUGUGAGAGAGAAACUGUGAAAGCAACAGUUGUGCUGAGACUGAAGAAGUGCCCAUGAUUGCAGAAGGGCUCAGAGCCUCAGAGCUAGAAACUGGCAUCUUACCAGAAGGUAGAAGCAGAACUUGGUCCUUCUAUUUUAUCCCUGAAGUUUCUGUUUCCUGAUUUCAACUUCUGCAUGCAAUUCCAUUCCAUGCGUCCCUUUAUUGUACUCUCCACUCUCUGACACCCAGUCCUCUCCUCUCCAUUGUGCUGCUUUCUAACUUUCCCCAAAUAAUUUUCAUCUUUGUAUCAGAAAUACUUAGAAAUUCUUAUUUAGCCCAAAGGACAUGUUUUUUAGAAUAAUUUCUUUUCAAGUGACAUAAAUUAUACCAAAUGACAUAAAUUAUACCAAAUGAUUUUACUAAUAUUGGACUAAAAAUGAACAUAUGUUUUACUCCCAAGGGAAAAAUCCCACAUUUGACAACCCAGGGUAUGUGCGUAAUGUACAGUGGAAUAAAGUGUGGUGACAUUU